UUGACACGGAGCACUAUGUUUGCACUUUUAUAUAAAUGGGUGUUUACUAAGAGACGUCGUAUCCCGAUGGAUGGUAAUGCUGUUGACCGGACAUUGUUAAUAAGAUAGUACCUUCCAAGGAUGAAAACGAAAUUGUCAGUAGGAAAGGUGGAAACGAGAUUAACAUGCGACUCGUUACACAGUGGAUUUAUUACAUAUAUUAUUGUAACAAUUAGUUGUACAGCAAGGGAUAUCUAAAUUCAUAAAAAAAGUUUUAUUUCGAAGGAAAUUCAGAAUAUGGUAUGAUAUCAUGAAAUUAUUUCUUUAUAAGAAAUUGCGUCCGUUGGUGAGAAUGGUAACUGUGAUUUUAAUCGUCGCGUUAAUCCAUCUACUGUUAAACAAUUUGGAAGAUACGUUUUUCAGGAACACCGUCAAACCCAGUGACACCUUCGUUAGAAGUUGCGACUUCAUAUCAGAAAUCAGAGCAACUCCCGUAAAAUACAAUAGUGCCAAUACAGAGAGUAUAUUACUAGAAGGGCAAUCACUUGGAAUCAACACAACGCGUAUUGCCAUAGGAUGCGCUAUAAAAAUUCGACAAGAGGACCUACAGAAAGACGACAUAUCCCAUCUGCUUCUAUUUGUGGAUUUGCUUCCUUCUUUCUGUUCAACAAUGUCGAAAGGUUUCAUAUAUGAAUUUUAUUUUGCGCAUGAUUAUAACGACACAUUCUUCAUUAGAGACGCUGCUUAUGAGAGGUUCAAUGAGAUAUUUAAUGGUGUCCUAAAGAAUAGAAGUGAGUGUCAUAAAUUUGAGGACAUUGAAAAAGCAAUAAAAGUCCAUUUUGUGAAAUGUCAAUAUUCAGGCAAGCCAGCGUGGGCCCAAAACGAUGCUAUGAUGGCUGCGCACGCAGAUAAUAUGACGUUUUUCUACAGAAUUAACGAUGACACCAUUUUACAGACAAGUGGUUGGACGGAGCAAUUUAUUGCUACCCUUUCAACGUAUAAACCUCCAUUGAUAGGCGUUGUUGGACCAAAUCACAAAGGCGGCAAACUGUCCAUACUUACUUACGACUUCGUACAUCGACAUCAUAUCGAUAUAUUCGGUUUCUAUUAUCCCCGGGAACUAAGUGCAUGGUACGCAGACGACUGGAUUACUAGAGUAUACGAACCAUCGAGAUCCUUGAAAUUAAGAAAUAUUAAAUUAUUUCAUACUAAAAAAUUAGGAAUUCGCUACGAUCGAGAUAAAGCACACAGUAAGAUGCUGCCAAAAUUGCUUAAGAGAGACAGAAAAGUUUUACAAACCUAUUUAAAAACCCACCCACCUUGAUUGUAUUAUGUUUAUUGAAAAAGUAUUAAAUGUUCAUAGAUAAUUUGUUUGGUUACUGUAUUAAUAAGGUGCUGUUAUUUGGUUUUCUAGUACUAGUAUUUACUAGUAUUGCAAAACAAGUAUUUUCUCAGCAAUCAAUUAUUCAAACGUAUCUAAAAUGUCUACAAAGUAGCCUCUGGGUAUCAUUAGCAGGUUGUAAAAAUAUAAAUUAGGAUUGACAAAUUUAAAAUUCCUGUCAAAAAAAUCCAAUAUCAGACCUGCGCAAUGAGAUCUUCAUAGCAUUUGUGUCUGCUAUCAAGUGGUAGCAUCUGUCAAUCAGUUUUAGUCUUUAAUCUUUUUACUCUUUAAUCAGCGUGUUUGUGUGUCAGGUUUAUUAAUGUCUUUCAUUGGUACCUGUUUCCAAAUUACGUUCUGUCCAAAAUUUCAAUUUGAAAGGAUGAACAAUACUGCUUUUGGGCGAUAAGCGAGGGGGAACUAUUGAAAAUUGAUUCAAGUUGAAGGUUUU